UCGCCGUCGCCAGAGGCAGUCGCCUACGCCGCAGCCGCUACGCGCACGUCUCGUAGCCACGCGGGCACAACACAGUGAAAAAAAAACAUGUGGUUGCAAACCUAAUUACGCGGACGCAAACCAAAAAUGCUCAAAGCGUAGUUGAUUAGUGUAGUGUAUUGAAGUGAGUGAUUUGUUUAAAAUGUACUGGAAGAUGUCAUGUUUCCUCCUAGUAUGCCUCUUCGCUACGGCGCUUGGCAACCCGGCGGCGAAAAUGGACUCGAAACGUGACCACUGCAACAAAACAGUUGAAAUCUACGAGGACGUCUCAUCGCCGCCCGUCACGUCAGACAACUUCGGACGGCCGCUGACCUGCACGUAUCGCUUCAGGGCCUUCCGAGGCUCGCCCAAGGACUGGAUCCUGAGGAUCCGGUUCAAGAAGUUCAAAGUGGGCACGCUGAUCAACGGGACCACGUGCCAUAAAGGGUAUUUGCAGAUAGUAGACGGCAAUGCCAAGACGGACGUGUCGAACCGGAAGGAGCCAGGGCUAUUCUGUGGCGAGAUCGAGCAGCCACAGACCUUCAUCUCCGAGACCAACUUCGUGAAGAUUGUCUUCCACGCCGACAACUUCACGGAUCAGACUUACUUCAGCUUCGACUCGAGAGCGGAGCAACAGUUUGAAGUGUACCUGCGCUACGGACAACAUCCAGAGCUGUAUCCCAACAGGAGAGGAGAAGUAGUGGCCGGGUCAUACUGCGAGCGAGUGUUCCGGGACUGUCGUCUGCAGACGUGCUACGUGCAGUCCGCUGCCUACCCAGGGGUCUACCCAAGGAACCUCCACUGCAGAUACCACCUCAACACCCGCCUGCCGUAUAUUAAGCUCUAUAUCGAGAAUGAAGAGUUCAAUAUUGACGGGCAGCGCUGCGAGAAUAUUAUGACGUGUCCUAUGCGGCCGAUUACUUCAGGUUCGGAGAACUGUCCGUUCGACUACAUCCGCAUCUACGACGGCAAGGACGAGUCGGCGGCCGUGAUCGGCACGUUCUGCGGCAUGGGCAAGUUCCCCUACUCCAUCAUCGGCACCUCGCAGGACCUGUUCGUCGAGUUCGUCAGCUCGCCGGCUGGUCCUCUCCUCAACACCGGCUUCCACUUCAACGUGGGCAACUGGCCGGGCCACGUGGAGGCGCCGGGCUCGCGCGUCGGCACCUGCGACUGGCAGCUCACCGCGGAGAGCCUCAAGAAGUCCGGAGACACCGAGGGCAUCUUCCUGUCCGUUGCCCACUGGUAUCCGCCGCAUACGUCGUGCACUUAUCUGAUGCAGGGGUUCCCGGGGCAGGUCGUGAGGCUUUACUUUCCCAGUUUCCGAAUCAACCGCAUCGAGUCCCCCAUCGUCCCGUGGACGGGUGACUGCGGGGAGUCCCUGACCCUCUACGACGCUCCUCGCCCUGACGACGCGAGGAUCAUCAAGACGUUCUGCGACACGUUUAGCCGACCCAUGGAGAAGCAUGACUUCGUGUCCACCGGCAACGCCAUGUUCGUGCGGUUUGAGAGCAAGACUGGCAGUUAUAGCGGAUCAUCCCUAUACUACUGGGCACACUACGACUUCUUCAACAACACGCGCUUCGGAGAGCCAGUCCCGGGCACCGCCUGUGACGAGGUCAUUGCCUCCUGGAAGCAGAGGGCCGGGCGGCUCCGGUCUCCGCUCAACACCCUGGUCUACAAGCAGGCCCCGCCCGGGGAGGAUGUCCACUGCCUGUACAGAUUCGUCACCGACAAGAGGAUCUAUGCGCGAGUUAUAUUGACGAUUUUAAGCGUCAAUUUCAAGGAACAUCCAUACACACCAGUGUCCUGCCAAAACUGCUACGAGGACCGAGCAGACAAACUCAUCAUUUGGGAGCCAUCAGAGGGUUCCAAGUAUGCCAACAGCACCGUCAGCACCACCCCGCUGCCGCUCCACCUGGCUGUUCAGCGAUCACUUGGAUCCUGCCUUUGUGCCAAACACGCCAAUACAGUGUCCAGAACCAGACCGUAUAGGGUAGUAUCCUCCGGAGAGUCCCUAAAUCUUCAACUCAUAGUGGACAGCGCUCAUGCAGCUGCCUCCUACUUUAAGAACCCGUCGCCACUUUUCGAAGCCAGGUAUGAAUUCGUUCACGGCCCUCUCUGCGGCCCAGCAGUCUUAGCCGCAGCAUCUGAUGGUGAAAUCGUUUACCCACAUCUUGAGGCUCUAGGGUACACUGAACCGCCAAAGAGGAUUCAGUGCAUUUGGGACUUGGAAAUUGAAGAGAAGCGCGACAUUUGGCUACAUUUCGAUAGAAUAAAGUUUGCUUCAAGGCACUGUGAAGACGGCAACAUCCAGAUUUAUUUACCUGGGCGAGUAGAACCAUACUUAUCAGUUUGUGGUGAAAACGUAUCGCUUGCAAGGGAAUUACCUAUUUUAUCUGCUGGGGAGUUAGGAUUUGAGUCUUUAGAUGACCCUCUGGUAAUGGAUAAAGAAAAGACAAGAUCCAUCAGAAUUGUAUUCAUCGGCAGUGCUUCCCCGGCACGAGCCACAUUCAAGAUAGCGUGGACCGGCCUCUACCAUCUGCCGAAGAAUUCCGAUGGGACCCUAAUGACGUCACGACUAACGGACGGUGGGAGCAUUAGAAACCCGGACUCAAGAGAAGGUUGUGACUUUAUUUGUCCAGGGGAAGAAGGGUUAUGCAUUCCAGCGAGACUGAUCUGCAACGGGGUGGUCAACUGUCCAAACGUGACUGUGAAGAGUGAAAGAAAGUUUUGGACAGCAGAAGAGAAGCGAGCUCGCGAGGCUUACUCGGAAGAUAGUUUGCGGCGUUUGGGUUACCUGGAUGCUUUGGGAGGCAUACCGCUGGGUUCGCUGCAUGAUGAGGCAGCGGAGUUGUGCGCUGGGGUGAUCAACGUGGGUGGGUCGGAGUGGAUGGCGCCGGCGCUGGGGGCGGCGCUGGCGGUGGCGCUGGCGGCGUGCGCGGUGGGCGCGGCGUGGCGCGCGUGCUGCCGCAAGCGCUCCCCGGACGAGGAGUCGCUGGACUACUGACACGCGGCCCGCGGCGCCCCCCCCGCGCCGCCCUCCCUCCACUCCCGGUCCUCGCGGGACCUGUCCCUGGACUGGAGUCUACAUUGACAGCCACUGUACUGAGCGCCUCGCGAGCCCUCCUAUCUUAAAUACUAAGCGAUCGGCUGAAUGCUCUCUAUAAUGGAAUGCUUUUGGAAAAUGAUUAUACCUACAGUUAGUACGCGUUAUGUCUCGUUGGAUUUAGCAGGUCUUUCCCGAAUGUUGCGGAGGGUUGCGGACUGUAUGGCGCUCAAUUUUAAUGUUGAUUUGUAAUAAGUGUACAUAUUCCCUAAAAGUGUAAUGCUUUAAAGCAAACUACGAUCAUAGUUAAUAGUAAGAAGUGAUAGCAGCCAAAGAUAAUUGCACUGAUAGUAAGUAUAACACUUUGGUGAGGUUCAAAUGGAAUAUUGAGACAAAUUACAGAAUACUCGUACUUUUAUAGUACGAUAAACAGGUGUUUUGUUAAUAAGUAAUAAUAAAUUCAAAGCUAUAUAUUUCCUAAAUUGAAUAACUAAUUGAAACAGAUUAAUGACUAAGGGCCCCUUGCACCAAAAAAUUAAAUCUAGAUUUAGUGUCAAAUGUCGAUUUAAGAAACGUCAGUCGAUAUAAAAUUUGACACUAAAUCGAGAUUAAGCACUAAAUCUAGAUUUAAUAUGUUGGUGCAAGUGGCCCUAGAUGCUUAUUAAACCUAAAUUCUGACAGGUGAUACUUAGCAGUGCACUAACUACCAAGCUAUUAUAAUUUUCAUAUUCUUAUUCAACAAUACUUUAUUCACAUUCCAAAUACCUUUUAUGGUUCAUCAGUCCCCAAAAAAUAUCACGACUAUUUGUUCUCACAGUGCAUGUAAAUAUGUUUAGUGUAAGAUCGUUAAAUUGUUAAGCAUUGUAUGAACAUUACGACUAUACCUAAAAUUCAUACUUUUUGUCUCAAUGAAUUUUAUGUAGAGUUUCAUAAUAUUAACUUAGUCAUAGGUGGCACGAUAUUUUAGCUAACAUUAGCUCUUGCAAUCAUUUUACUGUAAACUGGAUAAUUUAUAAAGAACCUAUAUCUAAGUGCUUAUUCUUAAUCUUAGUUUAGAUUCGAAUUUGCGACGAGAUUAGGACGUUGAUGAUUUAUAUUUGAUUUACAGGUACCAGAUUUAUCUCAUUAACUAAACAAAUAAAACUUUGAAAUUAGUUCAAGAUAAUGUUUAUCAGGUUUCAAUUCUAUGAUAGAAAAUAAAAAAGUGUGAUUUGUGCAACAUCAAUGGAUUCACUCAAAACAAAAUAUUCUUAUUACAUGAGUGUGUCAUGUUGGUUUACGCCAGAAUUCAAAACUGCACGUAUUUUUCAAAAAUAGUAAGUACCUAUAUUAUACCAUUUUUGUUUGUAAGAUAUACCUAAUACAUAGAUAUUUUAUGUUAUUACUGAGUAACCUUUUUAUUAUUGACUUAUUUAGGUCUCGUCGUAAAUAGCUCAAACUACUGUAACUACGUUAAUGUCAUACUCUCAUAAUUAUACAUCUGCACAGAAAUUUUGUUUCAGUAAUAUAGGACCCAUUGUUGAUUUGAUUUGUUGCAAUAACAAACUAAUGUAUUAGCCAAUAAAUUGACCGGAAAUGUUGAAAAUAAAUAUAUUUUGUA